UGACGAAUAAUAAUUUUUUUUGUUUCUUAAUUUUGUCUACAAAAUACAAUCUUCAAACAACCGUUUCUUGAGUUAUAAUACCGGUAGUUUUUUUUAUUCAUUGAUUCUAAUCAUCACAUUUAUAGUGAUAACAAUAGUGUAUCGUCAAUGACAAUAUAACUAAACCAUAACCAUAUUGGAUUAAAUAUCAUCAUCAUAUACAAAGUGAUUGUCAUAAAGUUAUUAUCACUCAUAAUUGAUAUCGAUUUACCAAUCAUUUAUUUGAUUCGAUUUUAAACAUUGUCAUUAUAUUGAUUCAUAUCCUUGAAUAUAAUUGAUUGAAUUUCAAUCAUUCAACCAUGGCCAUGAAAUUGUUCAAUAUCAUCACAUGGUCAUUUUUCAUCUGUUUUGUAUUUCAAUACAGAUCAUGUUUUGCUGAUGAACAGAAUUUUUGCGAUCUAAGUACAUCGUAUAAAAGUGAUUCCUUAAAUCUUAAUAAUCAGACCGGUUAUCUAUAUUUAAAUGUAAUCAAUUGGAAUGCUAAGAACCGGACAAAAUGUCUUUGGAUAAUCAAUAUACCGAUUUCUCGGAAAACAAUUGACCUUUCUCGAGUUGUAUUGUCAUCAAAAGAUAACAUCACCAUUACAACUAUGCUCGAAACGAACAAUAAAUCAACGAUUUACACCAUUUAUGACAAUCAUAAGCAUGCAAAAAUUUCAUCUGGCCUAUUAUUUGUCGAUCAAUAUGAUAAAUUGAACAUUACUCUUGAUUUGGAUCCACAACAUUCGACAUUCAACCGAGCAUUUCAAAUAAUUUUAUACAUUAAUUAUUCAGAUGUUUAUUUAAUGAGAGACAGUGGAUCAUUGUCAUUUCCAAUCAAUCAAGGUUUAACAUCCGUUAUUGACUCGAAAUUUAUGCUCCUACCCAGUCCUCAAUAUUCUGAACGAUUGAUUAUAUUAACAUUUGCCAAAAAUUCCACUACAAACUUCAAGAUGGAUGGCCAACAAUAUAAUCAGACAAACCUUCCGGAUAUUUACAUGGGCAAAAUUGAUGGUAUCAAAUUUGAAUUGAAUAAAUUCAAUGUUACCCUUAAUGAAUCUAUUGAAAUCAAUUAUUGGCUUGUUACAGCAAGUUGUAGUAAAGAGAUAGAAUUGAAUGAUAAAAAUCCUUCAUCUUCAAUCAUUUAUCCGAAUGAACAAGAUCGCCAAGAUCAAUCAUUAACAUCAAUGGUUUGUGCACAAAUAUUUACUAACAAUGUUGAUAAAUAUUAUGAAAUAAUGAUCACGGACGAGACUACCAUGUUACCGAAUCCAGGUGAUGUAAUAACCGUAUAUAGCUUACCGAAAAUGGAAGUCAUACAAACAAUUCAAUCAUUGUUUAUUCCUUUGUUGAAAACUAUCAAUACAUUUUUGGAAUAUAAAAAAAUUUUAAUCAUCUAUGAUUCACCAUAUUCAAAUCAUCCCGUCACUAAGACGAUUCCAGUUGAAUUGGCACUAACCAAUAAUAUGUCAUUUAUAUUGAAUACUCUUUCCUCCAAUCAAGAAAUCAAUGUUGAAAAAACUAAUGAAGAAACAAAAUUCAUCUACAACAUUUAUUCGGCGCCUGGUAAAAAUUUAAUCGUGUACAUUGAUCCACUGGAAAAACUUGAUGAUAAUAAGAUGAAGAUUGCUAUCUACAAUACAGAUAUUCAUGGUCCAACAAUAAAACCAUUGGUAUUGUUAGAUCAAUUCAAUGUAUUACCUUCAGCAAUAGCUGUGGAUAAAACCGAAAUGCGUAUCGAAAUUUGGGGAAAAUUGUCAAAAAUCAAAUUCACCAUCAAACAUGUUGAUGAUAAAGAUUGUCAAACGGUUUCCAGUUAUAAUUCCACUUUUCAAGUUUCAAGUAAUCGUAAUUGUUCUUGGUUUAUUCCACGUGAUGAUUCCAACCAAGACCACACUGUAUUGAGUGCAAAUUCAUUGACGUUACCAAAAGGUUCAUCGCUACAUGUAACACGUUUGGCUGCAAAAAGUACAACACAAAUUCUUCAAGGUCCGAAACAUGAAUCAUAUCUUGCCGAUUUUAUAAUGCCAUCUUCUUAUGAUUACUUAAUUGAAUUUAUUGUUGAUGAAAACAAUAAGGAUAAAGAUACUAAUAUUUUCAUUGCGAAAAAAGCUUACCUUUUACAUUACAACAACACAAUCAUCGAAGAUCAGCAUAAAUUUUCAGUCAAAUCGAUCAAUUAUCCUGGAUUAUAUCCGAUUGGAUUUGAACAAGAUUUGAUGAUUCCUAAUAAAGAUCAAUAUGUUUUGAUUACGGUUAAUGAUAUUCAAUUAUACGAUCAUCAUUUCUUGUCACUAACUGCAAAAGAUUUGAGCAGAAAUUUUACCAACGAUGUCGAUAUUAAAAUGUUACCUGAUUAUGUUGCAUAUUCAGAUUUGGCCGUCGCAUUCAAUACAAAUAAUUCUCUACUUUUUGGUAAUUCUGAUCGAGGAUUCGAUAUCGAGAUGACUUUUUUCGGUUGUGGCGAUAUUAUUGAUUUGAGUAAGACAAAUACUUUGAAAUUCAAUUCAAGCUCAUCGAAUUAUCAUUCAAAUCCAAUUUGUAUCUGGCAAAUCAUGAAUUCAAAGUCCAAUGGCCAUCUAGCUGAAACUAUAUUGAAUUUCAACAUUUUAAUGGCUAGUACUUUAGCAGAAAACGAAGCUAAUCUCACGAUUUAUGAUUCAAUUAGCCUUAGAAAUUCUAGCAUACAUCGUGCAUUGUGUAAUGAAACUAAUGGCGAUUGUUUGACUGGUAAUACUGUGAAAAGUCACUAUCAAGGAUCGAUUGGAUCGGCUUUUAUUGUUUAUGACUUUUCAAAAUCAUUAACAAAAAAGAAAAAUUUUUCAUUAGAAAUAACCAUCGAAUCUUCUAAAUGUACCAACACUAAAUAUAAUUUAAGCAUCUGUUCUAAUGGUGAACGAUGUAUAACGGAACUUAUGGCCUGUAAUGGCCAGAAUGAUUGUGGUGAUUGGUCCGAUGAACUUCAUUGUAACACUACAUUUAUUCCGCCAAAGCCAAAUGGCGGUGGAAGUGGUGUAAGCAUUUGGGUCGUUUUAUUCAUCCUGAUGCCUUUGGGUGCCAUACUUGGUAUAUUAGGUUAUAUCUAUCUACCACGAUUAUUAAUGAAUGUACGUCAUGGUCGAUAUUCAGAAUUUCGUUCAGAUAUGUCUGAAGUAUCAUAAUUAAUCAUAUACAAGAAUUUUGUUAAUGGUCAAUAUUAAAAUUAUAAAACUAAAAAAGUCAUAUAAUCAAACGUAUUCCAUCCAAAAUAUGUCUACACACACACACACACACACACAUAUUCACACUCUUGAUGGUAAUAAAAUCUUCUUUGCUUUCAUA